AUGGCCGAGGGUGAGCGUGCCGGCGGAGUUCAGGGAGAUCUCGAGAAGGAACUGACGUGCUCGAUCUGUACCGACCUUCUCUACCAACCGCUCACGCUUCUCGACUGUCUACACAGCUUCUGCGGCGCCUGCUUGAAGGAGUGGUUUGCCUUUCAAGCCUCGACGGCGACGUCAAUCCACCCAUACACGUGCCCUUCAUGUCGUGCCUCGGUGCGCACCACACAGCCCAAUGCGACCGUGACUACACUACUGGAUAUAUUUCUCAAAGCAAACCCAGGUCGGGGCAAGACGGAUACAGAGAAGAAGGCCGAUCGGGAUAAGUUUAAGCCGGGUGACAAUGUGCUGCCCAAGCUUCGACGGAGGGACGAGCGCGAUGAGCAGGACCAGAGAAUGCUGGAAGAGGUCCAGCAGCUGAGUCUGAGGGAAGCUGGGAUAUCAGGUGCGGCCAGUACUAGUCUGGAGCCGCCGCGAGAGCGUAGGCGUAGGGAGAGGAGUCGAGAUACAAGCCGUGACUCUCGAAGGAGUCGAGAUGAAAGGCGGUCUACAAGUCGCAAUACACAGGAAACAUCACCAACACGAGCAAACACACCACCACGUUCUAUCGAACACCAAUCUAGUCUUCGCUCUCUGCUGAGCGCAUCAGAACUCGACUCCAUUGACAUUGAUGAAGACCUUGUGCACCAAGUGUUAGAAGAGCUCAUGUCGGAGGGUAUGGAUCUCAACCAGAUUGGCGCUGCAGAAGAAGAAGAGAUUACCGAGAGAAUCGCAGAUGCUGUACGCCGACGGCAGGCAGAAAGAUAUGCAGAGCGUCAGCGCGAACGGCGGGAGAGACGUGACCGACUCGCACGAGACGGUCUGAUCAGUUCCCCCUCGGCUGCGUUGACACCACCCCUGCGAAGCCCUCUCCUACGUGAUGAAGAUGGCACUCGAAGACGGACUCAUGGGCGCUCGGAGAGUGGGACGUCAACGCCCCAGCAUGCUCCUGGACCUCCUAUCUCUAGACCUGCGCUCAUCAACGCCGCAAACCGAGGUGGCAGAACACUCCGCCCAAGGUCUUCUAGUCAAGGAAGUUCAAGAUCGGCUCGGAGGGCAGAGCGCCCCUCUACUUUGUCCAUCUCCUCCGCUGCACAGAGUGGCACUGAGCCUGAUAGGCCAACAACAUCAGAUGCUGUACCCAUGCCCAGACGUCAGUCUGAUCAUCAACAAAGCAGCAGAGGUGAUCCCCGACAGCAAUUCCGCAAUGGCAAUGAAAAUAGCACAUCGCCUGAUCCCAACUCCCCCCGAGCAUCAGGACUUGGCACGCCUACUAGCGAUAGUCCAACCAGUUCCAUGAGUGUCUUAGGUGUACCAUCAUUGCCACUUUCUGUGUCCACGCCGGCUGUGACUCCUUUUCAACCACCAUCAUCACGUCGCACGACCGAUCCUACAAGAGCUGGACCGGUACGAUCUCCUAACAGUGGAACGCCUCCUUUGGCUUCACCUCCUGCGUUUCCCCGCUCCACGUCGUACCCGACUGCCAGCACAUCGACCCUGUAUCCGGAGCCACACUUGUCCUGCAAGCGUUGUGACAAAGAUCAUAUCGAGUAUGAGCUCCACUACAAUUGUGCACGGUGCGAUGAUGGCACGUUCAACAUAUGCAUCCGUUGUUAUCGUCAAGGAAAGGGUUGCAAGCACUGGUUUGGCUUUGGUUGGACAGCAUGGCGAAGAUACGAGCAGCAAGCACCCGAAAAUGGCUACCCACCAGACCACGAGCAGCCGCAUGUACUCGUUGGAAACCGGUAUCGCCGACCAACCACACCACUCACAGAAUCGCCUAUCCCGCCACAUGUACUCAGAAGCGAAGACGAUCCACAGGAACGCUUGGAAAGCGGCGUCUUUUGCGACACUUGCAAGGCCUUUGCCAAUGCAUGCUACUGGAAAUGCGACUAUUGCAAUGAUGGCGAUUGGGGUUUUUGCAACGACUGUGUCAACCAGGGACGGCAUUGCACACACCCUCUCGUCCCCGUUGCUCGCAAGCUCAGAGAAAAAGCCCCAUCCAUCAGCGACAGCAUGCCAUCUGCACCAUCUACGCCCCGUCAAGACACCGGACUCGCUCCACCAGACCGCGACACCACACCCACAACACCACCCCUGACACCAAAGUCGGCCUCCUUGCUGCGCGGCCCCGGCUACUUCAAAAUCGCAAACUCCAUCUUCCGCCCCCUCACCUUUACAACUCUUUGCAACGUCUGUCGACACCCGAUCCCGCCCUCCAACACUCGCUACCACUGCCUCAAAUGCAACGCUGGCGACUACGACAUCUGCACAAACUGCUACCACAAACUCGUCGUCUCGGGCCGCAUCCCCAAGGAAGACGGCAUCCACGGCUGGCGCAAGUGUCUCCGCAGUCACCGCAUGGUCAUUGUCGGCUUUGAAGACCGCGACGGCGGUCAGCGCCGCAUCGUCGUUCGCGAUCUCGUGGGCGGCCAUGCGCUCAAGGAGGAGGAGCAAGAGUCUCGCGUCCAGCGGUAUCCACCCGAUGGCGGCUUUGGCCUGAGACUGUUGGCCCGAUGGGGUUAUUGGCCUGAUGUUGGAGAUGAGGAUGAGUUGGCGUUUCCGAGGGGUGCGGAGAUUCGCGAGGCGGCGGAUGUUAAUGGCGAUUGGUUUUGGGGCGUGUAUGGGGGUGCCAAGGGGCUUUUUCCGGCUGCUUAUGUUACGUCUGUAUAG